GCAGAGCCCUCCCUAAGCUGGCGGCCGCCCCAGCCAGAUCCGCCCGGCUCAGCUGACAGCUACCGAGAACGGAAGAGGCGGCGCGCCGGUUCAGCCGGGCGUCUCUAGGCCUGGUCGGCUGGUGUCGGUGAGUGGGUCCCGGGCAAGGGCGGAGGGCGGAACUUUGGGGCUCGGCACUGCCGGACGGCCGGAACAUGGCAGGAUUUUCAUAGUAUUUGUAAUAUGAGUUCAACAUCCUGGCCUCUUAACCAGCUUCAGCAGUCUCAGCUCUACCAGCUAGAGAAUAAAUGGGAUGUGCACAAAGUCCACUCUGAACUGAAAUACAGACUUCGGUGUUAAUAUCCUUUUCUUCUGAUUGUUAUUAACAGUUCCUCAGAAAAUUAAAUGUCGUCAGAAGACCGAGAAGCUCAGGAGGAUGAAUUGCUGGCCCUGGCGAGUAUUUACGAUGGAGAUGAAUUUAGAAAAGCAGAGUCUGUCCAAGGUGGAGAAACCAGGAUCUAUUUGGAUUUGCCACAGAAUUUCAAGAUAUUUGUGAGCGGCAAUUCAAAUGAGUGUCUCCAGAAUAGUGGCUUUGAAUACACCAUUUGCUUUCUGCCUCCACUUGUGCUGAACUUUGAACUGCCACCAGAUUAUCCAUCCUCUUCCCCACCUUCAUUCACACUUAGUGGCAAAUGGCUGUCACCAACUCAGCUAUCUGCUCUAUGCAAGCACUUAGACAAUCUAUGGGAAGAACAUCGUGGCAGCGUGGUCCUGUUUGCCUGGAUGCAAUUUCUUAAGGAAGAGACCCUAGCAUACCUGAAUAUUGUCUCUCCUUUUGAGCUCAAGAUUGGUUCUCAGAAAAAAGUACAGAGAAGGACAGCUCAAGCCUCUCCCAACACAGAGCUAGAUUUUGGAGGAGCUGCUGGAUCUGAUGUAGACCAAGAGGAAAUUGUGGAUGAGAGAGCUGUGCAGGAUGUGGAAUCAUUGUCAAAUCUGAUCCAGGAAAUCUUGGACUUUGAUCAAGCUCAGCAGAUAAAAUGCUUUAAUAGUAAAUUGUUCCUGUGCAAUAUCUGUUUCUGUGAGAAGCUGGGUAGUGAAUGCAUGUACUUCUUGGAGUGCAGGCAUGUGUACUGCAAAGCCUGUCUGAAGGACUACUUUGAAAUCCAGAUCAGAGAUGGCCAGGUUCAGUGCCUCAACUGCCCAGAACCAAAGUGCCCUUCGGUGGCCACUCCUGGUCAGGUCAAAGAGCUAGUAGAAGCAGAGUUAUUUGCCCGUUAUGACCGCCUUCUCCUCCAGUCCACCUUGGACCUGAUGGCAGAUGUGGUAUACUGCCCCCGCCCAUGCUGCCAGCUGCCUGUGAUGCAGGAGCCUGGCUGCACCAUGGGUAUCUGCUCCAGCUGCAAUUUUGCCUUCUGUACCUUGUGCAGGUUGACCUACCAUGGGGUCUCUCCAUGUAAGGUGACUGCAGAGAAAUUAAUGGACUUACGAAAUGAAUACCUGCAAGCAGAUGAGUCCAAUAAAAGAUUUUUGGAACAAAGGUAUGGUAAGAGGGUGAUUCAGAAGGCACUGGAAGAGCUGGAAAGUAAAGAGUGGCUAGAGAAGAACUCUAAGAACUGCCCAUGUUGUGGAACUCCCAUAGAGAAAUUAGAUGGAUGUAACAAGAUGACAUGUACUGGCUGUAUGCAAUAUUUCUGUUGGAUUUGCAUGGGUUCUCUGUCUAGAGCAAACCCUUACAAACAUUUCAAUGAUCCUGCUUCACCAUGUUUUAACCGGCUGUUUUAUGCUGUGGAUGUUGCUGACGAUAUUUGGGAAGAUGAGAUUGAAGACUAGUUAACUACUGCUUCAGAUAUGGAAGUGGAUUGGUUUUCCCUAAUCUUUUGUCAAGUACACAAAGUAACUUUGCAGGAUAUUUAGGAUACUAUUCAUUCAUUCUUCCUAUGUAGAAGUUAUGGAAGAACAAGGUUUAUAUUUUCAUGUGGUACUACUGAAGAAGGUGCAUUCAUACAUUUUUAAUGUAAGUUGAGAAAAAUUAUAAGCCAAAGGUUCAGAAAAUGAAACUACAGAAUAUUAUAAUGUUCCCAAAGCUCUGAAUAGUUAAAAAUUAAAUAUUUAUUUUCUUCCCCAAGCCUUAGGUAAGGAGAAGAGGGGUCAAGAGUUAAACUUAGAGACCCUUUGUCUCUGAGAAGCAUCCUUCUAAGACAUUCUGUUGGAGCUCCCUCAGUACUACUCCUUACAACUGGGGUGGGUAGAAGCCUUAUGAAAAUUAUACUGAGAACCUGAUCUCAUUUAAUCUACUCCAUGUUAAUCACAUUCCUACCAAUCUAAAUUUCUGCCAAGUCAGUUCUCUUUAGAGGAAGUCCUUUACUCUGAAAAUGACUGGAUGGUCCAGUGUCAUUUUGAUCUUCUUUUCAGAAUGGAAAUUUAUAAUAAUUUAAAAAUAUGUUUUAAUACCACAAACACUGUGGGGCACUUGAUAUUUAUUAGUAGUGUAUAUGGUCUACUGGUUUCAGGCCAAAUCUAGAAUUUAGUGAUAACUGGCUCAGAAGAAUUUUAGUUCUAUUCAACUUUCCUGGGUGUUAGAGCCUAGAUUCAAAAUGACUUGUCUUUGCUACUUGUGUUCCACAUUCUCCCUCAUUACCUUUUCCCUACCUUCUGUUUGUAAGGACAAUUUUAAUAUUCCAGAAGCACAUGUUUUUGUUUCUUCUGCUGGAAUAGGAGAAAGCUUAAUAUAUUCCCAAGCUGAAUGUUCUUGAAUUAUCUGCAUUUACCACUGUACAUGCGUAUAAUGACAGUAUAACCUGUCUAUACCACUGUAGUUCCAGUCCUAACUUUCUGGAUUACUUUUAAAGAUCUUCUCUAACAAUCUAUGGGAAUUUGGCUUCAUACUCUUUUUUUGCAGCAGCAGUGUUUGGGGUGAUAAUUUUGAAUUGAUACCUGUUCCUUUUUCUGGGUUUUGUUGGCUUUUUGAAAAAUUGUCUUUUCUUAUCGUUGGUGAGUGGCUAGGUAGCAAAGUAAAAUUUUUUGGAAAAGAGGACAGAAAAAUUGAACUGUAGCUUGACAAUGUAUUCUUUUUUUCCUACUUUGUCAUUGAAAAUUGAGCAAUCACUUUUAACUGUUUUAGGUAUGUGUGUCCAGAGUGAGCAAAGACUAUGUUUUUGGAUUGUCAAAGAGGAUGCUUAAUCUUAAAAAUAAAAAUAAAUUUUAAGAUUAUCUUAUAAUUAGAACAGAGUUGCUGCUAUUUGUUCUGUCACCAAGGCAACUAAUCACAUUUUAAAAUUGUUCGGCAUAUUACAUAUUCUUAAGAAAAAGGUCACAGAAUAGCAUGUCUUUUACCUGGGCUUGUGACUGAGCUUAGGUUUUAGGGCCCAUAUUUUGUUUAAACCAGAUAGUUUAUGGUCUUCCAUUCAGGACAUUUUGUAUAAAAAUUGAGGUUAAUUUAAAGAAUAAAUUGAAGAUAAGAAAUUAAAAUGAUUUGUUCUACAAUAUAUACCUGAGAAGAGUGAUUUCUGUGAUCAAAGAGGAAUUUAAUUAAGAUUUAUUCAGAAAGAGCUACUCAGAAGCUCUAUAGUUCGUGAGCUACUUGUUAUUUUCUAGAGAUCAUUUUAUUUUAAGCUGUUGUACGUUGUUGAUGAUGCCAUGGAAGUAGGAAAGAAGCCUUUAUAAUAUAGUUUUAUGAAAGAAAUGAAAGGCUUUUUUCCCAUUUAUGAUAGUAAAAAUACAACACAGGUGUCUGGUGUUUAGUCUCAAAAAUUUGGUCACCUUAGUGAUUCUCUCUUAGGUGCAAAGUCUUUAUAACUCAAUUUUAACAAAGAAAACAGGGCUUGUAUUUUUGAAGCAUGAGUUAUGAGCUAAUUUUAAGAUGGUAUAGUUUUGGUAGAGUACUUUUGUCUUAGUAAAAUAAAAGAUUUGGGUAACUCCCCAAAUGCCUUGUAAAACAAUUGGGUUUGUAGAAGGUUGCUGUGUCAGCAAAAUAUAUGAUAGAAUAAAGAGUUUUGUACCU